UGUCGCUACAUUGUUUACAUCGCUGACAUAGCUGGCGAGUCUCAUGACUCUUUUGAUUGACGACUUGCCAUUUACAUAAAAAUAAUCUACAUCAUUACGUGCAAUAAUAUUAACAGCUUUUCAUUUUCGGAGAGGUUGUACCAGCGAUUUUUGUUCCUUUUAAAUUCCAAUGGUGUAACUGUCUCAUCAUUUUGCCAUGUUCACUGACAGACCGCAGUGUUUGCUGCUGCUGCCAAGAUGUUUCUAGAUGCACAGCAGAGAUAAGCCAUGUCGGACACACAGACCUCAACUCUGCCAUUCAACACAUCGCUUCCACUGUUGGGAGUUGGCAUGCUGACUUUGCUUCUUAGCUUUUGUUUCUGCUGUUACCUUUGGCGGCUUAAACGACAGUCUGCAGAAGAGCGUGGUUACAGCCAGUUGAAGUAUUCACCUCAGAGCAAAAAGCUGAAAAAUGAUGUGUGUCCUGUAUGCCUAGACGAGUUUCAUGAUGAGGAGAAGAUUGCUUUGUGCCCUUGUCGCCAUGGCUUCCAUACAAAAUGUUUACAACAGUGGCUUGAUCAGCACAACACCUGUCCAAUGUGCAAGACAAAGGUUAUGUCCCUUCCUGGUGAAAGGACUGGCCUUAUGUAUGCAGCAGCAAACUCCACCAGUGCUGUCUGAGAUGUAGGUCAUGGGUGCUGUUCUUUCCACGUCCCUGACAAAGCCAUGGUAGUUGGGGGGCGAUUCAUCUGCUACAACUGUUGAUGCCUUGCACACGUAUCUCACUCCAGUGUGUUUAUGGAUUCACAUAGUCAAGACAUAAAAGCAAACAGUGUGGGUUAUCUUCUGUGCAAUCUUCAGUUCUCCCUCUUUCGGGCAUUUUUCUCAAAAGAAAAGUGGAUUUCUGUAUGACGUACAAUUAAUAAUAGGAUAUGUGAAUGUGCUAAGCUUUUAGAACGCCUUAACACAAAGUACAUAUGGCCGUCUACUUCCUUGCAUAGCAAUAUAGCAAAAUUGCAUCCUCCUAUCAUAUGCAUUCCACCAACUUACCUUUUGAUAUUGAGAUAAUAAACCUAAUUAGUCACACAAGCUUACAGUUACAACUGAAAUAAACAGUUUUGGGACAUGACUUUGCAGCCCUGGCAUCGGUGCAAUGCUUACCUGAACAAGCAUAGUAGUUUCAGAAAUGCAUUAUUGAAAUCUUGUAUCCUUUCUGCAGAUAAACUCCUUGCACAUCACAUUGCCACCAACCAGCAUAUACAAGAUAUGGAAAGAAUAGCAACUUCAUGCAGGUAGAUGCCAGUCCGACAUAUACAGUACCCCUAUUAUUUGUAUCAUUAGGAAAAUCUUUCGUAUUGCGUUUAAAGUUUUGUAUUUAGGGCUGUUAAUUAUCUGCAAAAAACAUGAACCUGAUGACUGUGCUUGAAGUAUUAAGAGUAUAGUUUAUGUAAUUGCUUUAAAUUCAUCUUACAGCAGUAUUUAUUGGCCAAGAUGGUAUGGUGUUUGCAUUUAAAUGUGAAAGUAAGAGCAUGCAGGGUUGUUUUUUUUUUAAUAUGCUUUCAAGAGGCCAGACCUUUGUGAUUUUCAGAUGCUAUUCAGACUGAAAUGCCAUCCUGCAGAGUAUAAUGCAGGUGGUGAUUAUUUCAGCGGAUAUUUUACCACUUUUGUUUUGAAGUGUCAGGGAGACCUGCAUUUACUCUCAACUGUUGUCUUCCUAUCCAACAAGUGAUUCAUAAAUGCAUGACAGUUCCUUGAAAGCCACCAUUUUCUUCCCUUGCCAAAAGUUAGGUCACAAACAAUGCUUUUAUAUUGUUCAUUUUAUGUUUGUGGUAAACUGGGUCUUUUCGGCCUUUAAUUUAAAUAUCGUAGUGCAAUUUGAUUUUGUUACAGUAAUAUUUUUAAAGAGAGAAGGGGUGUAAGGUGGUGGUUUCCAAGACUUGCUUAAUCUAUAACAGAAGAUCUUUGAACUAAUUGUUGUGUUUUGUUUUUUUUAAAAACAAGAAAUGCAGGUGUAUAUCAUGAAGGUAAGUAGCAGUAUGUGCAAUUACGGUUUGUUGGAAGUGACCUGAUGGUGGAAUGUACUGGUUGCCGUCAUAUCAGUUUAUCUGCAAAAUAUCAUGUACAGUUUUGUUUGAUACACCAAGGAAAAAAUAUGUUCUACAUGUCUGUAAGUCUGUGUGUGCAUGGAUGUAUGCUUAUGCGCUUGCUAAGGUAUGAGGUGCAUGAACUUUUACUAAGGAAAUUAUGAAAAUAACAGCAUUUUAUAAUACUGAUAAGAUAAACAGCUUGUAUUGUAAUUGCCUUACAAUCUUCUCAAUAAACCAGAAAAAAGCAGGAUUGUCAAUUGAAUAAAUUCUUUAGCAGACUAAGUAUGCUUGUGCUAUUGGCCAUUUUAAAAAGAACCUUAAAGAGAAUGGAUUCUGUGCACUAUUCUACUACCCUAACACUUCAGGUUAAUUUUUUUCAGUUGCAAACUACAACUUUUAUAUAAUUUUGCCCAUAACUGGUAUUUUGGCGAAAUGCUCUGUUGACAAGAAAGUAAACAGGUUUUCAAUUGUU